GCCCACGCCCGACGCGUGCGCGGCGCGUGAGCAUCCCCCAACUCCUUCCCCCAAAUCCGCCCCCACCGCCGGCAAACCACCAUCUCCUCUCCGCAGCCGCCGGCCGCCCUCCGACGCCCCUCCUCCGCCGCCCGCUGGCGUCGCCGCCUGAGAUGAGCGGCAGCGCGGCGAAGCGCGUCGGGACGCCGCUGGCCGACGCGGAGGGCAGCCCCAAGCGCCCGCGGAGCAGCCGCCACCCCUCGCUCUCCCCCUCGCCGUCGCAGGCGCGCUCGCAGGCGCCCUCGCCCUCGCAGUCGCGGUCGCGGUCGCGGUCGAGGUCGCGGCUUCCGCUGGCGCGGUCGUCGCCGCCGCCGUACAUAGGGUCGCCCUCCUACGCCCCAUACGACGACCGGAGUCCCAGCCGCAGCCACAGCCGCAGCUACAGCCACAGUCGUAGCCGCAGCCGCGUGUCAGAGGAGACGGACGGGAACGGGCGGCCGGUCUGGAGGCCGCACUCGUACAGGGAGCACAGCGGCGAGCAUGGGGACGGCGAGUACAGCGUCCGCAUCGGCGACUACGACCGCCUCUUCAUCUGCCGGAGCUGCCACCGCAUGCUCUCCUCGCCGGUCUACGAGUGUCCGGACGGGCAUGUCACCUGCUCGAGGUGCCGCGACAACAUCGGGGACAACCGCUGCAACUACUGCGCGGCCAAUGGCUGCGUGCGCAGCCGCGCCGUCGAGGAGUUCCUCGGCCGCAUCAGCUUCUCCUGCCGCAACCAGCAGUACGGCUGCGAGGUGUUCCUGCUGCACCAUGAGAUGCGCGUGCACGAGCGCACCUGCCACUAUGACCCCUGCUUCUGCCCGGUCCAUCGCUGCGGCUUCGCUGGCCCAGCCUACGACCUGGAGUCCCACCUCGCCACCAUCCACCGCUGGGAGGUGAUCAACUUCCGCUACGGCGAGAGCUUCCAGGCCCCUGCCUUUGACUCUGCCAUCUUCCGCUGUGAGGACUACGGCGAGCUCUUCCACAUCAGCAGCUCCCGCGAGGGCUUGGGCACCGCGCUCUCCAUGAUCUGCAUCCGCCCUGACAACGCCUUCGAGGAGGAGUUCACCUACGAGCUGAAGAUGCCGGCGGGUGGACGGCACCACAGGCUGCAGAUUCAGUCGACCGUGUGGAACACUUCGCUGCGGUACGGGAUCGGUGAGGGGAGCGACGUCUUCCUGCUGGUCCCUGACAAGCUGCCCGGCGUCGAGAAUGGCUGUGCCGUGGAGGUGUGCAUCCGCAAGGUGGUGGCUGGUAACUAGCACAAGCUGUGUGCUGAUCUGGACCGUCAUUGUCGUUGUGGUUGCAGCAUUACCUGUCUGGUUCUAGGAUAGGAUUAAUGUCUGCCUGCUAGAGUUCUGUUCAUAGCCGAGUAAACUUGAGCGGCAUCCGUGUUGGUGAAUUCGUUAGUCGUCGAUGGAUCUUCUGGUAAGUGAGAUGGAAGCAUAGGCACCCCUUGCAGUCGCUGAUGCAGGAAACUGUCUGGAUAUUGUCUUUUCUGAGGAGGGUGAAUUGGGAUUUGCUGAAUUUGCUGUUAAGCUUUUGUUUUGGUGCAUUUCUGGAUGUGGCGUUCUUGAUGUCGAAAUGCGUGAACGCUUUGGGUGGUUUGCCUCUAGAUGUUUAUUAUAGAUGUUGCUGUCUACCGGUCGCGAGUUCAUUAGUUUAUUCUUCUACUAGUAGUUUUCAGAUGGUGCCUGCUAGAGUUUAUUCUUCAAGUAGCUGCUGAAUGCCGGGGUAAACUGAAUGUCAUAUUUGCUGACUGCUCUGUAUUCCGUGGGUUUUCCAAUGACAUUUGUGUCGUCAUCGGACCGUUAUGGACUGUCAUUGUUGUUUACUUGUUCUGGUUGCAGCAUUACCUAUCUGGUUCUAGGAUUAAUAUCUGCCUGAAUGCUAGAGUUUCAGGCUUUCAGUUCAUAGCCGAGUAAACUUGAACGCCAUGCGUAUUGGUGACCUCGUUAGUCUUUGGUAGAUCUUCAUUUUCUGGUAAGUGAGUUGGAAGCAUAGGCACCCCGUGCAUCGCAGAUGCAAGGAACUGUGUGGAUAUUGUCUUUUUUGAGGAGGGUAAAUUGGGAUAUGCUGAUUUUUUUUAAAUUUUUUUGCGGGGUGGGAUAUGCUGAAUUUGCUGGUAAGCUUUUCUUUUGGUACUUAUCUGGAUGUGACGAGAUUGAUGUCGAAAUGCGGGAACGCGGUUUCUUUCGGUGGAUUGCCUAAAUGUUUAUCAUAGAUGUUGCUGUCUACCGUUUGCAA